AAGGGGGAGAGAAUAACCCCACCGCCCUCCUUCUCUCAGGUUGCUCGCAAGUCGUUCCUCUUUAAAGACUACUCCAGUCGGCGUGUCAGUCAGUCCAGGCAGCGGCUGUGGGAGGAGCUCCUCGGGAGGAGGCUGGCGAGGCUGAGAGAGCCAGGGAAUGGAGCGGAGAAGAGCGCGUACAUGAGCGAAGAGGAGGUAGGCGCCGGGAGAGCGAGCGAGGCUGAGCAACUAAACUCCAUCUCCGCCUUAGCAGCAGAAGCAAGAGCCGCCGCCGCCGCCGCUAUUGCUGCCAACCCAGCGAACGCUUCGCCGGUGUGUAGGAAGACGGCUCCGGCAAGAGAAGAAGGCAGGCGAGAGCACCGGGAGGCAGAUACAGCUAGCCCCCGAAACUGCUUAAGCGCGCAAGUUCGUCUCUCUUAUUUCCCCGCCGAACUCUUAAGGAAUGAAAGCUUUUCAGACAGAUCUCGUCCUCCUCUGCUUCUUCCUCUUCAGUCAAGAACUUGGUCUCCCAAAGAGAGGAUGCUGUCUGGUCUUUGGGUUCAUGUUCAAGGAUAAGUACCGGCGAAUGACUGAAGGCCCAGCAUCUUCUUUCACCCAGCAACCUCAGGACCAGGUAGUGAUCGCCGGGCAGCCUGUGACCCUGCUGUGUGCUAUCCCAGAGUACAACGGAAUUGUGCUGUGGAUUAAAGAUGGACUCGCUCUCGGCGUAGGCCGGGAUCUCUCAAGUUACCCACGCUACUUGGUUGUGGGGGACCAUCUGUCAGGGGAGCAUCACCUGAAGAUCCUGAGAGCAGAUCUGCAAGAUGAUGCUCUGUAUGAGUGCCAGGCCAUUCAAGCAGCCAUCCGUUCCAGACCAGCCCGGCUGACCGUUCUCGUGCCUCCGGAUGAUCCCAUAAUUAUUGGAGGGCCCGUCAUUAGUCUGCGAGCUGGAGAUCCUCUGAAUCUGACCUGCCACGCGGACAAUGCUAAACCAGCAGCAUCCAUUAUUUGGAUGAGGAGAGGAGAAGUAAUAAAUGGAGCAACCUAUUCCAAGACGGUGCUUCGUGACGGCAAGAGAGAGAGCAUUAUGAGCACACUCUUUGUCUCCCCAUCCGACAUUGAGAACGGCCAGACCAUCGUCUGCCGAGCUACCAACAAGGCCAUUCCCAAUGGAAAGGAGACCUCUGUCACCAUUGACAUUCAACAUCCACCUCUCGUCAAUCUGUCAGUUGAACCUCAGCCUGUCCUUGAAGACAACACUGUAAAGUUUCACUGCUCUGCUAAGGCCAACCCUGCUGUUAUCCAGUACAGGUGGGCCAAAAAGGGACACAUUAUAAAGGAAGCAUCGGGGGACUCUUACGAGACCAUUGUUGACCAUACCUAUUUUUUUGAACCAAUCUCUUGCGAGGUGACCAACGCUUUAGGUAGCACGAACAUCAGCAGGACAGUCGAUGUCUAUUUUGGGCCACGCAUGAUGACGGAACCACAGUCCCUUCUUGUUGACCUUGGAUCAGACGCUGUAUUUAACUGUGCUUGGAUCGGAAACCCGUCGCUGACUAUCGUCUGGAUGAAGCGGGGCUCGGGUGUGGUCCUGAGCAACGAGAACACACUAACGCUAAAGAACGUGCGCCAAGAGGAUGCUGGGAAAUACGUGUGCCGAGCCGUAGUUCCACGUGUGGGUGCAGGAGAACGGGAAGUAUCUCUGACUGUCAAUGGACCACCUAUAAUCUCCAGCACCCAGACGCAGCACGCUCUUCAUGGAGAGAAAGGCCAGAUCAAAUGCUUCAUCCGCAGCACGCCCCCACCGGACCGAAUUGCCUGGUCCUGGAAGGAGAAUGUCCUGGAGUCAGGUACCUCAGGGCGUUACACAGUAGAGACCGUCAGCACGGAUGAAGGCGUAAUCUCCACAUUAACCAUCAGCAACAUCGUGCGGGCUGACUUCCAGACCAUUUACAACUGCACUGCCUGGAACAGUUUUGGUUCAGACACCGAGAUCAUACGCCUGAAAGAACAAGGUACGGAAAUGAAAUCAGGAGCUGGUAUGGAAGCAGAGUCAGUGCCAAUGGCAGUCAUCAUAGGCGUGGCAGUUGGAGCUGGUGUGGCGUUUUUGGUGUUGAUGGCCACCAUUGUGGCCUUCUGCUGUGCUCGCUCGCAGAGAAAUCUGAAAGGUGUGGUUUCUGCCAAGAACGAUAUCCGCGUUGAGAUUGUUCACAAGGAGUCUGCCUCAGGCAGAGAAACAGAGGAGCACCCGACGAUCAAGCAGCUGAUGAUGGACAGGAGCGAGUUCCAGCAGGAUUCGGUCCUCAAGCAGCUGGAAGUGCUCAAGGAGGAAGAGAAGGAGUUUCAGAACUUGAAGGAUCCCACUAAUGGUUAUUACAGUGUGAACACCUUCAAGGACCACCACUCCACUCCCACCAUCUCCCUCUCAGGCUGCCAGCCGGACCUGAGACCAGCCAACAAGCAGCGUGUGCCCACGGGCAUGUCCUUCACCAACAUCUACACGACCCUGAGCGGGCAGAACCGCCUCUACGACUACAGCCAGCGCUUCGUCUUGGGCAUGGGCAGCAGCUCCAUUGAGCUGUGCGAGCGGGAAUUCCAGCGGGGCUCCAUGAGCGACAGCAGCUCCUUCCUGGACACGCAGUGCGACAGCAGCGUCAGCAGCAGCGGCAAGCAGGACGGCUACGUACAGUUCGACAAGGCCAGCAAGGCCUCUGCCUCCUCUUCCCACCACUCCCAGUCCUCCUCUCAAAACUCAGACCCCUCCCGGCCCCUGCAGAGGAGAAUGCAGACCCAUGUGUGAGGAGGAUGGGACUGGGACAUGGAAGCGGUGGUGGGGAGAACGAGGAGGAAAAGGAGCAGCAGGCUGGGACGUUGGAAGAAGGCAAGCUCCCCUCCCAGCCUGAAACCCAACCCUGCCACCAGCCGGGGUGAAGGGGCCUCCUGAGGUCGGCCGGUACUGGGUGGGUGGAGGUUGUUUGUGGUUUUAUUUGCAUUCUAGUGACUUUUUCUUUAUAAUGCCUCAAGGCACUUUCUCCCCUCUUCCUCACUUAAGAGGAAAAACUGCAGCCCCACACAAGGUGACGGGAGCUAGGACUAGGAGUCUGUGUUGCAGGUAAAAUAGUCCAUACAAAGAGACCUUCCCCUCCUGGAUCUGUUGACCCUACUGAGCAGGUGGGGAGAACCUACGGCAGCUGAACCCAAACUAAUUUUAAGCACAACAAAGUCUGUUUUCUUCCUGCAGCAGACUGGGCUUAGGGGGCCAUGGGAGCGACAGAAGGCCCAAAGACAGGCAACUCGUUUGAGUGACUGUAGGUCGGAACAAAACCCAUAAGCUUCGUUGUUUGCUUUUCCAUAUGUGUAACAACGGCAUCCUCUUUCAGGGAAAGGGUUGGGGUUCUAGACUCAACACCACAGGAGAACCACAGGAGAACCCUCUUUCAUUCCAUAAAAUAUGAGCUCUUCUGGCUGCAGGAUGUUUUGCGACAACACAUGGUCUUCCUGUUGACCAGCAAUUUUGUAUUUCCUGAUUCCUCUGAAGAUUACCUCUCCCAUUUUCACUUGAUGGGGAGAGACAUACAUGCUACCUGUCAAGUUCUCUGUUCUUGGUCACUUCACAAAGAGAAGGUGACCAAUGCUCCUGGUGUCUUUCCCCUCCGCUUCCUCUUCCUCCAUGACAUCACUUCCUGGACUGGACAUUUUGGAGAUGGCACACCUUCAGAGCUAUCAAGUUUGCCAGCCUACUGCCCUUCCUGCCGCUUAGCCCCAUUUGCAAACUGCAAUCACACAAAAAAAAUAUUGUCUUCAAACAACCUCAAAGAGUUUGGCUUACUUUAAAGGAAGUUCCGUAGAGGGGGAGAGGAACAGUCAUUAGUGUAACUUAGUGUGCACUGACUGCUUAAUUCUGGUCGUCUUCUUUUUUUUUUAACUUUAUUUUUGUUUGGUGUUGAGUGUUCAUAAUAUUACAGUGUGUCUUUGGACUAAAAGCAAAACAAAACCUGGAGUUGAAAACUUUUAAAGUGUCGAUUCUCAGCAGAACACACAGACAGACACACAGACAGACACGCACAACAGGAACGCUCUGGUCUGGAUCAGCUGCAGAGGAACUGUUGGUGGACAGAGGACUGAGCUCAUAAUCUGAGUGACGUGUGACAAUCACAGAGAAGGCCCUUCCCGUGGGGGCUACUGCGAGUGAACAUAGAGCAUUUUCUUACUGCUGCUUGUGUAUUUCCUCCCCCCAGCCCUAUUCUCUUACCCCCUCCCCCCAAUAGCACAACUGGAAAAUUAAUACAAGAGUUGUUACAA